GCAGAACAACAGAUACCUGCGUUUUGUUAUGCAAAUAGGAACAUCAGUACUAUAAACAGUCAUUGCACAACUCUUGGAAAACAUCAAAAUGAUGGUUCCGAAGGAACUUCUAAAGAAAAAUGUUAA